UCCCUGCUCUCGGAGACAGAGCCACGCGCCCGAGCUCGCAGCCGCUCGUUGUCUCUCCCGGAGCUGCCGCCGCUGCUGCCACCGCCGAGAUGCCUCCCCCCGGCCUGGAGCUGAUGAGUGGCCGGGUGCUCCCGGCCUUCCUGCUCUGCAGCACGCUGCUAGUCAUCAAGAUGUACGUGGUGGCCAUCAUCACGGGCCAAGUGAGGCUUCGGAAGAAGGCUUUUGCCAACCCUGAGGAUGCUCAGAGACACGGAGGCCUCCAGUAUUGCCGGAGCGACCCAGAUGUGGAACGUUGUCUCAGAGCCCACCGGAAUGACAUGGAGACCAUCUACCCCUUCCUGUUCCUGGGCUUCGUCUACUCCUUCUUGGGGCCUGACCCCUUCGUUGCCUGGGUGCACUUCCUGGUCGUCUUCCUGGGCCGCAUGGUGCACACCGUGGCCUACCUGGGGAAGCUGCGGGCGCCCACCCGCUCUCUGGCCUACACCCUGGCCCAGCUUCCCUGCGCCUCCAUGGCCCUGCAGAUCGUCUGGGAAGCAGCUCGCCACCUGUGACCAGCCGCUGACACUUCCUCGGCCGCCAGACCCCUGGCCACGAGCCACCGGGAGACCAGGUGCCCCUCUGAGAUUGUGAUAGGCCCCGGGACCUGGUAUCCUGGCAACCAGCUGGAUUCCUGGGUGAAGCCACCGAUUGGAACUGUUUAGAGACUGGUUGUCACGACUGAUAGAAAAUCCUUCCACUUAAAGAACAGAGCAUGAAAAGUAUCCCUCCCUCUUCCUCCCCAAGUCUGGGAAGGGUGAGCAGAGACUCAGUUCAGGUUUCUGAACCUAACGACCCUCUGAAUCCAGGGCUGUAAUAAAUAAGGACUUCUCACCUGCACCCCAGAGAUGCUGAUUUAGCUGCUCUAGAGGGGAGCCUGAGCAUCUGAGCAUCUGCAUUUUUAGAAAGUUCCUGUGAGCCCAGCAAUGGCCGGUCCUGGGGCCCACUGCCAGUUCCCUCUAGGGGAGGGCCCAGGACCGGCAGGCUGGGAGUUUCUCCCCCGGUGGGAGAAGGGUUGUGCUCCUUUGUGCCCUGUUGACGCUUCCCUGUGCCGCAUUCCUUUGCUGCAUCCUUCUGUCUUUGGCACAGGUGCCGAUGGGAAGGGCCCACAGUAGGGUCGGCCUUCUCUUCCCGAGGCUUUAGUUGCUCCGAAGGGCUGUCAUUCAAGGACAACGGGCUUUGAAGGACCAACCGCUAAAAGGAAAUUUUGACUCCUUCGGUAUUUGCGAGGCUUGAAAACCGCUAAUGUGCAUCCCUGCCGGGAAUCAUGUGUCUCUCCUGGACUCUUGCUGUUAAGAGCAUGUGGCUUUAGUCAUUAAUGAAGUGUCUGACCAGCUUGGCCCCCUGGCGGCUGGUUCCUGGCAUCCACCACCGCCCAGGCUGGCUGGGGAUCCGGCUCGCCCGACACUCUUGCGGGUCUGUGUCUGGGGCGAAACUGACAAGACACAGUCUCUGGCAAACACACAAAGCCACCCAGACGAGGGUGCUGAAUCAUGCAGAAAGCAAGCAGGCUGCUGGGAGACACCCUCCCGCCUCCUGCCGUGGGCCAGUAAGAUGGUCAGUCAAGCCCAUUUUUACACAUGAGGAAACCGAGGCUCAAGGUGGACUCCCUGCAGUGUGGGAUCAGCUCUGAACCCCGCCUGUCUGGCUCCCCCAAACUGCUCUAACCAUUGUGCGGUCCUGCCUUUCCCCAGACCCCCUCCCCAGCGCUGCCCCUUUCCUCCAGGAUCUAGGGAAGCCCCCCUCGCACCUGGGCAUGGCCUCCUCUCACAGCCCUGCAGCCCCCGAGCUUCUGCCCCCGCGGACUGAUGGGUCUGCCUAGUGGGGGCCUCACUGGGGACCCAGGGUUCCCCAGGCCUCACUAGAAAUCCGAGUCGGCCCCCCUGCCCGGCUGUGCUAGGAGGUGGGAUGGGUAGCAUUGCUUCCUGGUGGUGAGAUGAGCCUCUGUUCUGGGGCGGCAGCUGCACAUCUGGAAACAGAAAGCGCAUGUCCCUGUGUUCAGUGUCUGCUGUUUGCUAAGCAUUGGCUGAGCACGGUGUUCACAAUUUUUUUUCCACUUGAUCCUCCACCCCAGGAAGGAGGUAUUUCUGCUUUUUGAUGAGGAAAGUAAGGCUCAGGAAGGAGCUGUAACUUGCCCAACAUCCCUGAGCUGGGAUGCGAUAAAAGAGGAGUAGACCCAGGAUGUGUGCUUGCGUUUUAAUACUUUCCCUUCCCGGACCGUGGGCUCUUCCCGGACCAGGGAAGGAGGGACUGAGAGGGCAAAGUGCCCAGCUCAGACCCGGGUGAGGAGGGCAUCCGAUACCCACAGGGACCAUGUGACCCUGGGACCGAGGGAGGGGGCAGCUCCUCGGAACUGCAGAGACAGCAGCCCCUUGUGCACUGGCCCAUCAUUCACUCCCUGCCCCGGCCCCCGGGACCCCUCAGAUGCUGAGCCGCAAACAGGGUCGGGGGACGGCAGGACAUCAGACAGUGACAACUCCAAGUACUCAGUGCCCUAAGGGGGGGUGGGCAGUGGGAGCACAGGGAGGGCCUCUAACCCCUGCUGGGGAGGGGCUUCCUAGGGGACGUGACAGCUCGCCUGCCAUGGGCGUAAGUCAGAGCGGCUUUGGGGGCGUGUCCAAUCCAGCUGAGGAAAGAUGAGCAGAGCUCAGCCCCCUGGGGUCUUGUGCCUGGGAAGUGGCGGGGGGCG